ACUGGAAAACUGGACCCGUCGCCCAUCCAUGCCAAUUCUGCGCCAACCAUACCCAGUCAACCAUGUCCGGCUGCGUAUUUCUUGGCGCCAAUCGCUCGUCGUCUCGUCUGUGUAAUUUACCAAAGCUUGCCCUUGCUGCCUAUAUAUGCAUGCCAUGGCAGCAAACAAGCCGGCUGACAGGAGGGAGAAGACGACAUCCACAAACAAACCAACAAUGGUGUCCUCGCCGCCGCCGCGGCGGCGGCCCCGCGGCUGAGCUCGGCCGUGGACCCCGUGGGCACGUACUGCGCCAAGAACUUCACGGACGCGCAGACGCAGGCGAGCAUCGGCCAGGUGCUCGCCUCCCUCGUCCCGCGCGCCUCGGCCGCCUACUACGCCACGGCCACCGCCGGCAGCGGCGGCUCCGCCGUCUGGGGCCUCGCGCAGUGCCGCGGCGACAUCCCGGCCCCCGACUGCGCGCGCUGCGUCGCCGCGGCCGCCGGCCACCUCGCCUCGGCGUGCCGGGGCCAGGCGGACGCGCGGGCCUGGUACGACUACUGCUUCCUGCGCUACAGCGACGCCGACUUCCUGGGCCUGCCGGACACCGGGUACACGCUCAUCCUCAUCAACACCAUGAACGCCAGCGACCCCGCCGCGUUCGACCGCGCCGAGCGGAAGCUCAUGGCGUGGGUGGCGGCGGAGGCCGGCGUCCUCGCGAGCCGCGGGCUGGCGAGGGAGACGGCGAGGUUUGGCUUGGCAACGACCAUCUACGGGCUCGGGUGGUGCACCAGGGACAUCACCGCCGCCGACUGCGGGCUGUGCGUGGCGCAGGCCGUGGCGGAGCUGCCCAACUACUGCCGCUUCCGGCGCGGCUGCCGCGUGCUCUACAGCAGCUGCAUGGCGCGCUACGAGACCUACCCCUUCUUCUUCCCCGUCAGCGGCGCCGCCGCCGCUUCCUCCCACGACGGCGAGUACCAGAAAGUCGUCUUGAACCACACGUAGUUCGACCGUUUUGUCAAUCUCAUCAGCUUCAGUAAUCGCUAUCAAAAUGUUGUACAAUGCCCAUAUAUGUUUCGAUUCAAUAAUGCGGAUGCUUGCAUUGCAUUCACUAACUAUCUAGAAACAAUCACUCGUCAUUAGUAAUUUGAAGAGAGGAGUGUUUAUUUUACUGAACACAUUCAUGUGCACACACAAUGCAAAUUAUUUUGAGAAAUAAUUAAAAUGC